UUUUUAAUAGAAGUUUUGACUUCAUUUUUCUAAAAUAUUAUUAAUAAUCUCUUUUAUAAAUGGGUACAACAUAUACAUAAGCCUAACUUAUAAAUGUCCAGCUUAUUGUUGCAAUUUUGUUCUACUUUCAGCUAUUGCUUGGUUGGUGGGGUUGGACGCUCACAUGUCAAAACUGAAAAAUUGUUACUUUUAGUUUCUCUGAAGCAAAUUCAUACCUUGAACCCUUCUGGGUAGUAACAAUGCUUCAUAGAUUCGUUGCUGCGAGGAGAAAGAUAUCAACUUGCCCCCCUUUCUCUCAGAGAUUAAAACAAACAGAAAAUGAAAUUGUUCGAAUGUUCCGCUUGCCUGAUUCCCAAGAAGAAAACGAUAGUCUUCCGGUGAAAGGAAGCAGAGUAUUUUGGAAGGAUCCUAAUGCUAGAACAUUGGAUGAAAGAUUCAUUAGGAUUUUGAAAAUAUUUAAAUGGGGACCUGAUGCAGAAAAGGCAUUGGAAGUGCUGAAGCUUAAGCUUGAUAUUCGCUUGGUUCGUGAGGUUUUAAAGAUAGAUGUUGAGGUUAAUGUGAAGAUCCAGUUUUUUAAAUGGGCUGGGAAGAAAAGGAAUUUUGAACACGAUUCAACGACGUAUAUGGCUUUGAUACGAUGCUUAGAUGAGAGUAGGUUGGUUGGUGAACUGUGGAGGACAAUACAAGAGAUGGUUAAGAGUCCGUGCGCAAUUGGUCCUUCUGAGUUGUCUGAAAUUGUGAAAAUAUUGGGUAGGGUUAAGAUGGUUAACAAGGCGUUAUCUGUUUUUUAUCAGGUUAAGGGUCGCAAGUGCAGACCUACAUCGAGCACUUACAACUCCGUCAUCUUGAUGCUGAUGCAAGAGGGGCAUCAUGAGAAAGUUCAUGAGCUGUAUAACGAAAUGUGCAGUGAGGGUUAUUGUUUCCCUGAUACAUUUACAUAUAGUGCACUAAUAUCAGUGUUUGCAAAGCUUAAUCGCGAUGAUUCUGCUGUUAGAUUAUUUGAUGAGAUGAAGUGUAAUGGAUUACAGCCAACAGAAAAAAUUUAUACAACUUUAAUGGGAAUAUACUUUAAGUUGGGUCGGGUUGAGGAAGCAUUGGACCUAGUCCAUGAGAUGAGAAUGCGGCGAUGUGCCCCAACUGUCUUUACUUAUACGGAAUUGAUAAGGGGACUGGGGAAAUCUGGGAGGGUUGAAGAUGCGUAUGGAGUAUACAAGAAUAUGCUGAAAGAUGGUUGCAGACCGGAUGUGGUUCUGAUGAAUAAUUUGAUUAACAUUUUUGGUAGAUCAGAUCGCUUAAAAGAUGCUAUUGAGCUUUUCGAUGAAAUGAAAUUACUUAAUUGCACACCUAAUGUCGUGACAUACAAUACCAUUAUCAAAUCAUUAUUUGAGGCCAAAGCUCCACCUUCUGAGGCUUCUUCAUGGUUAGAGAGAAUGAAAAAAGAUGGAGUAGUUCCCAGCUCAUUUACAUAUUCAAUUCUCAUUGACGGUUUCUGCAAAACAAAUCGAGUUGAGAAAGCUUUGUUGCUUCUUGAGGAGAUGGAUGAAAAAGGCUUUCCACCUUGUCCUGCUGCAUACUGCAGCCUGAUCAAUAGCCUCGGUAAAGCGAAACGCUACGAAGCUGCAAACGAGCUGUUCCAGGAAUUGAAAGAGAAUUGCGGAAGUUCGAGCGCUCGUGUGUAUGCUGUCAUGAUUAAACAUUUUGGAAAAUGCGGAAGACUCAAUGAAGCUAUCGGACUUUUCAACGAGAUGAAAAAACUCGGAUGCAUCCCUGAUGUUUAUGCUUAUAAUGCUCUCAUGACUGGGAUGGUAAGGGCCGACAUGAUGGAUGAAGCUUUUUCGUUGUUUAGAACUAUGGAAGAAAUUGGUUGCACACCAGAUAUAAACUCACAUAAUAUCAUCCUAAAUGGCUUGGCUAGGACCGGUGGCCCGAAACGCGCUAUUGAAAUGUUCGAGAAAAUGAAGAAUUCUACUAUUAAGCCAGAUGCGGUGUCUUACAACACCGUUCUUGGCUGCUUUAGUCGUGCAGGUCUAUUCGAAGAGGCUGCAAAGCUUAUGAAAGAAAUGAAUUCAAAGGGAUUACAAUAUGAUCUAAUCACCUACUCUUCAAUACUUGAGGCUGUUGGUAAGGUUGAUGAAGAAUGUAAUGUGGCAUGAGAACAAGCUGGUAUUACCUUUUGAGUGGCUCUGGCAAUUCCUAUAAACUGAUACACUUGAAUUACAAUAAUGACCUUGAAUGGAAGAGGCCGAUUUUUCUGAAGUUCAAGGUAUAGGAACCAUUCAGAAAAACCAAAACCCUAUUUCAUUUGCAUGACUUGAAAAAAAACCACAUCCAUAAUCAAUCUCAAUCUGAGUUGAGAGAUUUCUGGUAUGCUUUAGAGCUUGUUUUCAUUUGGAGUGAGUAAUGAUACUUAUGCAAAUGUCACACACUUCCCUGUCCUUUUAUAGAUCAUUGAAGAACAAUUCAAUUUAAAUUCCACAUCUCUGUAUCAGAUCGAAAUUUGUACAAGUCUGACACAGAUUCGUGUUCUUAUCGGUAUAAUAUUUUCCUGUCUGCCUUACUCACUAAUAUAGAGCAGACUUAAGUCAUGGAACCGCGGUGCAUAUGUUCAAAGUGAACAAGUAAUAUACAACAUUUAUUCUGGCUUCUGAUUCAUGUUUAGCAGCCGUUUGUAAAAGUUCAUUUAGACUUAUAUUAUGGUAUCAGCUCUUGCACAAGUGAUUGCAAGAACUUAUCAAAAUAGCUUUUUGUUUAGUCUAUCUAUUCUUUUGAAUUCGUUAUCAUAAGCUUCUCUAAAUAGCUUGUUGUCAUAAGUUGUGUUUUAAACAUUUGUACGUAAGUAAAAGCUUAUUGAAUAGAUGUUUAAUUAAGCUGUAUAUCUGAAUGACUCCUUCAUUUA